ACGAGAACAUGUUCGUGUAUUAUGCUGGAUGGCUGAACGCAAAAGCGGGACUUUUGGUUGACUUGUCGGGACGGUGGGACAAGACGCUAAAAAGCGGGACUGUCCCGCCUAAAGCGGGACGUAUGCAGUCGAAGUGAUUGUUCGGUUAAAGCCCUCUCUAUUCAUAGCCUAUGUACAAUUGAUACUUUAUAUAUAAAUCACAUUUACCAAGUUACUUAUUCAAUCAUAAUGAAAGAAGAAUACAAGAAUUCGUGGUAUUGCACGUUCGUCCUCAACGCGUCCAUAUUUCCUACCGCUUUUAUGAUCGCUUAUUCGAUAUCAUGCCUAAAUCCACUGGUUCCAGUUAUUCAUCGCAUCUACAACUCAACGUAUGAAAAACAACAUGGCGAUGCCCUGCCUGACGACACGUGGACUCUUUUGCUGACUCUAACGAUGUCGAUGUUGAUGAUUGGUGCUUUUGUUGGUUCUAUGGUUUUCAAAAUAUUGUUGAAUUAUUUAACAAGGAAACGAAUCUUGAUAUUAACUCAUAUUUGUUCGGCGACUGGAUAUCUGAUUGUUGCAGUUGGAACAGGAAAAUGGGGGUCGUCUGAGGCCUUUAUUACUGGUCGAUUUGUUACGGGACUCGCGCUUGGGCUCGGUUUGAGCGUAACACCAUUAAUUUUCAACGAAUCUUGCGUUCCACAUCGUCGCACAUUUUACGGUGGUGUUUUCGGGACAUGUACUGCAUCUGGAGUGGCAAUCGGAAUCUUUUUUGCGUGGCCAAAGAUAUUCGGCACGGAUGAGCGAUGGCUGGGAGUAUUAUUCGUGUGUAUGUUUUUUUCAGUCGUUUAUUUUGUAUGCUCAUUCUGGAUUAUAGAAACGCCUCUACAAGCGUUUAUUUCGCAUGGAGAAGGAAGAGCGUUGGCGGUUCUUCGGAAAUUGCGCUAUGGGACCGAGACCGAUUUGAACGAUGAGCUGAAGGAUCUAGCCGCAAAUGGCGAUUCAGAUGACAAUACAAGUUCAGUUGCCACAUUCAUGGAAGUGAUAACAACUCCACAAUACAGACGUCAUUUCAUUGGAGCUGUUUUGGCAUAUUCAAUCAUAAUGGCUUGCGGAGUAAACAAUAUUUUCUUCUACUCUGAUCAGAUUCUCGCUAACGCUGGAUUAGAUUCUGAAACAGUGACUCCUGCUACUUUGGGAGUCAUGAUUGUUGGUCCUAUAGUAUCUGCUCUAUUGACGAUAUUCGUUAAACGAGGAGCCGAACCACGAAUAGUUAUGAUAACCGGAUGCACGAUCAUGAUUUUUGGAGAUGCGUUUAUGACUGCAUGCUUGGCAACUUAUGAAGUUGUGCCAGCCAUGUCCACGACUGCAAUUGCUGCCGUAUGCGUUUUCUACGUCGGAUUUGCAAUAAUUAAUAAUAUCGCCUAUGUAAUGUUUGGAGCAAUAACUAUUGACAGAACGAGGCCUGUCUGUAUCAACGUUGGAGCAGCAUCUUUGUGGUUUUCCGCGUGGUUAGUUGGCUUCAUAGCUCCCUACUUCGAGAUAUGGAUUGGACCAUAUGGAUUCCUGGUCUGGAUGGUGUUGACUAUCUUUGUCCUGCUCUACUCGAUAUUUUUUAUGCCUAAUGUCGCAGGGAAGACACAAGAUCAAAUACAAGCAUUUUACAAAACCGGCCUCACAACAGCCGCAAGUUCUGUUCCCCUGGAUCCGGAACUUUAAUACACAUGCGAAAAUAUUUUUGCAAGAUCUUGUACAUUUUACAAGAAUUAUGAUAUAUAUUCCGGAUAAUAAAUAACCCAAUCAUAGAGUUGUUGGUGUUUAUUACUUCACUCAUGGCAAUAUUUUGACUAUGAAAUAAUGAAAAUGUUAAAUACAUAUAUAUCCGUAUACUCCAUUAUUAAAACUAUAAUCGUUCAU